AUGGCUGCGAUCAUGAUGUUUGAGCCACAGGAGCUUUAUAAUCUGCUCAACCAGAGCAGCCGUGUGUCCAGACUGGCAGAGAUCAACUUCCUCUGUUUGGUUGAUGCUCGUGAAACUCAAGAUUACAAAGUGAGCCACAUCAUAACAGCUAAACAUGCUAAAACGGAUUCAAAAGGCUCAUUCUUCCUGCCGGAGGUGGUGGAGGUGGACAGCAUGCAGCAUGUAGUCAUCUAUGACAGCAACACCAGCUGUUCACAGGAGCAAAGCAGAGCGGUCCAGUGUGCUCGGGCUCUGUCGAAAGUCAGCCUGUAUCCGGUCCACAUAGUGAAGGGAGGCUUCCAGAGGUUCUCAGCUCUCUACCCGUUCCUAAGGACGGAGAAGAUCCUCUACAACAUCAUGGAGCUGGAGAACCUCCAGACGUAUCCCGUGGAGAUCAUCGCCGGGCUGCUGUACAUGGGCGACCAGAAACAAGCCAUGGACUCGAGUAUCAGCAGAGAUCUGAAAGUCAGCGCCGUCAUCAGCAUCUCUGAGAGUAACACUCUGGAGUCUUUAAAAGUGAACCAGAGCAUCCUGAACAUCCCUGUAGCUGAUUCAUGCUCGUCUGAUUUAUACUCAAGUUUUGAAAAGAUUUGUAGUUUUAUUGGUUCGUACAUCAAGAAGGGCUCUCGUGUGCUGAUCGUUUCCAGGCAGGGAAGAAGCCGCUGCAGCGCUGUGACCAUAGCGUUUCUCAUGUUUCAUCUCAAAUACACACUGGAGGAGGCAUGGAGGUACUUGCUAAAAUGUAAACCCAACAUGAGGCCAAACUCUGGGUUUCUAGAGCAGCUGUCUGACUGGGAGCUUCACAUCAGAGGAGCUAAAGUGACUGAUAUCUCUGAACCUUAUUUUUAA